CUGUAAAAACACGAGAUUUAUUGAUAGGAACCAGUGCACUAGGGUCGAGACUUGUAUCCUACACAGAGACAGAGGAGUUUGACCCAGAGUGGCUGGGAGAAGAGGUAUUUAAAGGAAGAAACCACAACCCAAGGGGGUAGGGAGGGCGUCAUUGAAAAAUGUUGAGAAUGCAGUGAAAAAUCACAAGGAGAAGCUUCCUGUUUCUCAAGAUUUUUUAACUUUAUGGUCCGCCAGUUCCUGGGAGAAGCUUCCUGUUUCUCAAGAUUGUUCUUUUUUUUUUUUUUUUUUCUUUUCUUUUUUUUCGGAGCUGGGGACCGAACCCAGGGCCUUGCGCUUCCUAGGCAAGCGCUCUACCGCUGAGCUAAAUCCCCAACCCGAGUUCUUUAAGAUUUUAAUUUAACUUUAUGGUCAGCUAGUUCCUGUGAGAGAGUUGCUGAACCGGCUGGUGUAAUUGCAGUUCCAAGGCCUGACCAGUUUCUUUCUUCUGCUCUAAACUUUCGUCUAGUGGGGCAACCUUAAAACUACUUUUCACUUGUACCCCUAAAAAGUAUGAAAACUGCUUGUUAUAGCCAUUCGGGGUCACCUUCUAGUCACUGGCCAUGAGGGGCUGAUUGAAGGUCGACCCCAACACGACAAAAAAAUAAACCUCUUGUGUUUGCAUCUAACUCUGUUCUCCUGUCUCACUUGAGGGGAAGUGAAGACUCACUUUGAGCCUUACAAUAUAAAGGCAAACAUUUAAUUGGGGGCUGGCUUACAGUUUCAGAGGUUCAGUCCGUUAUCAUGUUGGAAGCACGGCAGCUUCCAGGCAGACGUGCUGGAGGAACCUAGAGGAGCAGCAGCUAUUCUUCACAGGCAUCCUGAAGGAGCGACUCUUCUGCAUGGGCAGAGCUUGAACACUAGGGGCUCUCAAAGCCCACCUCCACAGUGACGCACUUCCUCCAACAAGGCCACAGCUCCUAAUAGUGUCACUUCCCAUGGGCUAAGCAUAUUCAAACCAGUACAGCGAUCUAGGAUCAUGGUUCUUGGUACCCAAGCAAAGUUCAGUAUGGGUUCUAUCUCGUGUAGUGGGUUUUAAAUCAGAUCAGAUACUGGCUGGUUCCUGCCACCAUUGCACUAGCGUAUCUUGCAGGCAGGACACCAUUGUAGAUCAAAGGGUUUGAGGCUGGGCUGGUGUUCAGAUUUCUCCUUUGGUAGCGUGUGGAGUACCUUCCUGCACCAAAGACACUCGUAUAUGUGGGUGAAGGCUCUCUGAAGGAAGAAGUUCAGCUUCUCCAUGUCUAGUGAGUUAUGUAGGUGUUGUCUUCAGGAUUGGGGUCUUGCCAUCAGUUGGUGGAGAGCAGCCUAAGGUCUUGGCAACAGUUUGAGUGGGUUUGGGGUGGGGGUGAGGGUGGGUUCCAUGAGACUCCAUUGACCAACAACUCAAUUAGAUGUCGACCAAUCCUGACACUGGAAGCUUCAUUUGGUGACAAGAGAUGUCCAGUUGGAGAGUCUGUCUCCCCCAUUAUUUGGACAUUUCAUUUAGAUUGCCUUCAUAUAUGUUUAUUUUAGGAAGCUCUACCAUAUUAGGUUUUCAUGCCCCCCCCCUUAAUUUUAGCUGUCUGUCCCUGCUUUUCUCUUCCCUUUCCCAUUGGAUCCUUCUGUUCUAGCCGCCCCUCAAUCCAGCAUAACUAUCUAUUAUUCUAUUUACCUUUCCUAGGGAGAUCUAUCUUUCCUCCCUGGUCUGUACUUAAGCUCUGUACUUAAGCUCUGAGGUUCUAUAUAUUGCAGCUUGGUUAUCAUUGACCUAACAGCUAAUAUCCACAUAUAAACUUAUACAUACCAGAUUUGUCUUUCUGGGUCCUCACUCAGAGUGAUUUUUUUCCCCCUAGCUUUAUCCAUUUACCUGUGAAUUUCUUCUUCUUCUUCUUCUUCUUCUUCUUCUUCUUCUUCUUCUUCUUCUUCUUCUUCUUCUUCUUCUUCUUCUUCUUCUUUUUUUUAAUGGUUGAGUAACACCUUAUGGUGUAAAACGCACCACAUUUUCUUUAUCCAAUCUUCUGUUGUGACACAUCUAGGUUUCCGAUUUCUGAUUAGGAAGCAUCAAUGGACAACAUGGUUGGGCAAGUGUCUAUCUUGAGGUAGAUUCCCAUCCUCCUGAGGAACUUCCGAGCUGAUUUCCAUAGUGACUGUACAAGUUUGCGAACCCACCAGUAAUGGAUGAAUGGAGACUUCAUUUUCUGCCUUGGACUUUAGAGGCUUGGGUGGAAAGGCUGCUCUAAAAGGAGCUUACUUAGCACACAGUCCCAGCAAGCCUCACAUCACCUUCCCCAGAAUCAGUCAUUUUCCCUAUUGCCGUGGUCCUCCCAUGGCGCUACCGAGCGGCUGGAGUUAGUCCGACACCGGAGCUGGUUACUCUAGCCGGUGACUUGGUGGCGGGCAGAGGCUGCUUGGCUUCCUGGCGCCGCCAUGUUGGAAGUACAGAGCUCUAACCAUGGCUGCGAGCGUCAGGCUCCGACUACCAGCCCCGCCAGCUCGGCAGGGCACGCGGUGGAAGUGCGGCCCGGGCUGUAUCUGGGUGGGGCGGCGGCAGUGGCUGGACCGGACUACCUGAGGGAGGCGGGCAUCACCGCCGUGCUGACGGUGGACUCGGAACCGGCUUUCCCGGCCGGGGCUGGUUUCGAAGGUCUCCAGAGCCUCUUCGUGCCCGCGCUGGACAAACCCGAGACCGACCUGCUCAGUCACUUGGAUCGGUGCGUGGCUUUCAUCGGCCAGGCUCGCUCCGAAGGCCGUGCGGUGUUGGUGCACUGUCAUGCAGGAGUCAGCCGCAGUGUUGCUGUAGUGACGGCUUUCAUAAUGAAGACCGAACAGCUUACCUUUGAAAAAGCCUAUGAAAACCUCCAGACCAUCAAGCCAGAGGCUAAGAUGAAUGAGGGGUUCGAGUGGCAACUGAAGCUCUAUGAGGCGAUGGGACACGAAGUCCAUACCUCCAGUGCCGUUUACAAGCAGUACCGUUUGCAAAAGGUGACUGAGAAGUAUCCAGAACUUCGGAAUUUGCCUCGAGAACUCUUUGCUGUCGACCCAACUACCGUUUCACAAGGAUUAAAAGAUGACAUCCUCUACAAAUGUAGAAAGUGCAGCUUCUUUGCCCAAAAUGCAGUGCCAAGUUGGGUUCCUUUAACUGGUAUGGUGAACAGUGCUCGUGUGGCCGAUGGAUAA